CAUCGAUAUUUCUACCACAAUACUACCACUACCACCAUUACCCGUUCUAUGUAUUAAUUUCCACCUCUACCUGUACGGCUGCUCACCUAUGUACGACCACCACCACCACGAGUCAUAACACGCUCCGACGCUCUGUUUUUUUUUGUUCACUACGUACGCCAACUGCUUUCACUUAUGACCCCGUAAACAAUUAGGAUUUAACAACUGCCGUUAACCUCUAUCGUCUGUGCCUUUUGCAUUUCGCUGGGAUAGCGUUUCAGUUCACACUCGACAGCGAUCUAUAUUCUACUACAACCGAGCCACAACACACCGCCGAGAUGAAGUGAUUUCGGAGUCCCCGUAGACACCGUUCAACCCGCACACGGCCGUGUGCCCAAACCCAACCAAACGAUCAUGUCCGCGACGGCGAGUGCCAAUAUGGCUUCCCUAUUCAAAGAUGGUGCCACCAUCAAGAGCAUAUCAACGCAAAUCAUCAACAGCAUACUUUUCACUUCGUUUAAUAAUAUACCCAAUCCAUUACAAAAUGUCAGGAAUGUCGCAAGUAGUACAACCAAGCUGCUCGUUGCUUUUAAGCAACGAGCCAACAACAGCUCUGUCUUCUAAAGCAAUAUGUAAUUUAAACGAUACAGAAUGGGAUAAAUUAACAAGGAGUGACAUGGCUGGAAAAUUAUUAGAAUACCUAGACAAAUUGUACGAUAAAAACGAUGAAUCUGAAACUAUCACAGAUUGGUUAAAUGAAGAAAAAUUUAUUGACCUUCCAAUAUUUGAUGAUUUCAUGACGAACACUUCUCCAAACAACAUUGAAAUGAAACCAAUGGAAUAUCAGAAAUUUGUCCCUUCCAAUAAAGCUAUUCAGUACCAACCAUAUCCAACCCAACAGUAUGCACCUAUGUAUUGCCAUGAAACAUCCAUUCAGCCAAAAUUCAACUAUGUUCCACCCGCUUCAUUGACACCACCAGAAAGUCCCAAAGACACUGAUGUCCUUAUGUCUAUGCUGGAUGAUAUGCAACCAGAAGAACUCAGUCAGUUGGUAGUUGAUGAAGAUACAUUGUCAGACUUCAUGUCAUCAGACGCCAGUAGCCAUACCGAUUCAUACAGUGAUAUAACAACUAAACGAGACAAACCAUAUUCCCCAAAGGCACCCAACGAAGAAAAGCGAUUACGUAAAAAAGAACAAAACAAAAAUGCAGCUACAAGGUAUAGAAUGAAGAAAAAAGCUGAAAUCAAGGAAUCUGUUGUUGAAGAGAAACAACUUUUGCAAAGAAAUGAUACACUCAAGGACGAAGCUAAAGAACUAGCCAGAGAAAUCAAGUAUUUGAAAUCGCUAUUGAGGGAUGUUUACAAAGCCAAAGGACUAUUGAAUUGAAAUACAUUUAAAAUUUUUGAUCUGAUUAUUUAACUUGUAUGGCGUAUAUUUGAUUAGUAGUUAAAAUAUAAUGUUAAAAAUUGUCAUUUAGGUUUGCUAGUGGGUGUUCUCGCAUUUGCAGUUUUUAUUUGUAUUUAAGUAUAAUUACAGUAUUAGAAUAUUUGGAAAAUCUACUUAUAACACCAGUACAGCCAUUAUCUCCUUGUAAAUAUAUUCUUAUUCUUUUCUACUAGUUUUAUUUUUAAAUAUUUUGUAUCCAUUAUUUGCUUGUUAGAACUAACCAAGACAAUUUGUAUCAUUUUCAAACAUACAUCUGAUCUUGUGAUAUAUUAAAGACAUACUAUUACUACUAAAGUGUUUGAACUGUUUAUAAUAUAAUAUUUUGAUAUUUUUCUAAACCAUAUCGGUGAAGCAUUUUUGACAUUUUAACAUAUUUGGUUUAGUCUAUUAUCAGAAAUCUCACAAGUUUUGUAUGCUUGAUUAUUACACUAAAACCCUUGGUUCAGUUUAAUAUUACACAUUUAUUUAGCAUUGUUAUUAUUAGACUAAGAAAAAAUAAUAAUACAUUAUGUAACCUAACCUAUUCUUCUUUUUUUUUAAUUCAAAAUCUUAUAUUAUUUUAGUGAUUGUAAUUUAUUUUUUGAUUUUUAGUUUUAGUUUUACUUUUAACUUACAUGUGUGCUUUUUGAUAAGGUUGUUAUGAUAUUUGUCUAAGAGCCGUUCUUACAAUGUCCAGUUAAGUGUCUGUUAAUGCUAAUCGACAAAAUUCUGCCGAUAACAAAAUCUGCUAACUACCGAUUAAGCGUUAAUAGACACUUAACCGGACAUUGUAAGGACAGUCCUAAAUGAUAUUGUUGUUUCAACUAAGGAAUAUAUAGUAAAAUUCAUUUAUUUCUCAUAAAAAAAAUGAACAAACUUUUUUGCAAUUGAAACUAGUAGGUGUUGGACAAUUUUUAUCUCAAUUUUUAUUUGUAGCAGGAUGACAACUGUAUUUUUAUUUUAUUUUAUUAAAAAAUAUACAUUAA